AUGCCUGUCACCCCCAUUGUCCCCAUUAUCCCCCAUCAUCCCUGUCACCCCCCAUCAUCCCCAUCGUCCAUCUCCAUCAUCCCAUUGUCUCCCUCAUCCCCAUCGUCUGCAUCGUACCCAUUACCCCUGUCAUUCCCAUCACCCCCAUCAUCCCAUCACCCCCAUCUCCCCCAUCAUCCCAUUGUCCCCAUCAUCCCCGUCACCCGAUUCGUCUCCUUCAUCCCCUUCAUCCCACUGUCCCCAUCAUCCUCAUCAGCUGCAUCAUCCCUGUCACCCCCAUCACCCCCAUCCUCCCUAUUGACCCCAUCGCCCCCAUCACACCCAUCGCCCCCGGUGCCACCCUGA